GGUGGUGGCCCUCUGUGCUUGGGAAUCCCUUCCAAAUCCCUUCAGACUCCUGCUUGUUUUGCAGCAAGUAACCAGCUCACCUCAGAAUCCCCUCGACAACAUGGCACCGAAGAAGAUUGAACCGAAGAAACCCGAGCCCAAGAAGCCAGAGCCUAAGAAGGAUGCGGCUCCAGCUGCUAAGCCAGCCCCACCUCCGCAGCCGAUGCCCGAGCAGCCCAAGGAGCCCCCGUUUGAUCCCAAAAGCAUCACUCUCGAGUACACCAACGACCAGAUCGAGGAGUUCAAGGAGGCCUUCAACUUGUUCGACCGCACACCGACCGGAGAGAUGAAGAUCACGUACGGCCAGUGCGGAGACGUGAUGCGAGCCCUGGGCCAGAACCCUACCAACGCAGAUGUGCUCAAAGUGCUCGGGAAACCGCGGCCGGAGGACAUGAGCACCAAAAUGGUGGAUUUUGAGACCUUCUUGCCAAUGCUGCAACACAUCUCCCGCGCGAAAGAUCAGGGCAACUUUGAGGAUUUUGUGGAGGGGCUCAGGGUUUUUGAUAAGGAAGGCAACGGCACCAUCAUGGGAGCGGAGCUGCGUCACGUGCUGGCGACGCUGGGAGAGAGGAUGACGGAAGACGAGGUGGACAGGCUGAUGGCCGGGCAGGAGGACGCCAACGGGUGCAUCAACUACGCCUCCUUUGUAAAGCAUAUUCUCUCUGGAUGAAAGAGACAUUUAGAGCAUAUAAAAGACUUUACCUCUGUUUUUCUCAACUUUCUGGAUCCUUGCUAAACAUUUUGUCCAUGUAGAGGUGAGCAUGUCACUUAGUCCGUGACAUUAUUGUGCUGUCAAGAGCAGCAGUUAAUGUUCAGUGGAAAAAAAAAAAGUGUUGGCCGCUAGACCUGUGAUUAGUUAUUUUUAAUAAACACUCUGAAGUAUAAUGAAAUGCCAGUGAGAUAAAAUGGACAACCAUAAAGACCAUUAAUAAAGGAAAUAUAAUUACAAA